AUGAGACUCUUCGAGGCCACACACGUUUUCAAGCACGACUGGGACACAGUGAGUCUGGCCAACUGGCGCAAGUACCCGAACGACAAGACGCCGCACGUCCGCCACGUCGAGGUCAUCAACCAGGAGCUCGACGAAACCACCGGCAUCCUGCGCAUGGAACGGCUCAUCAUGGUGAAGCAGAACGUGCCAACUCUGAUUCGCAAGCUCUUUGGCGGUGACGUCUCGUACGUGCUUGAGUACUCGGAGGUCGACCCGAAGCAGCGCACGCUGACCAUGCAGAGCCAGAACCUGACGUUCGGCAACCUGCUGUCGGUCGGUGAGCACAUCGUGUACAAGCCGGAUCCGGAGAACGUCAAGCACACGGUGUUUGUGCAGUCCGCGCAGGUGAAGGCCGCUGGGGCCAUGUCGCGGUUUGCGAGCAGGGUCGAAGACUUUUGCGUCAAUCGGUUCAAGGAUAACGCCAGCAUUGGGCGCAUGGGCCUGGAGCAGCAGGCGCAGACUAUGCUCCUGGCUGCCUAACAGGGCCCGCCUCCCUCCAAAAGAGCCAAAAGAAGAGCCACCAUUGCGGUAAGCAACUGGUGCCGGCUUUUUUACCCCUAUCUGGGCGCUUACUGAUGGGUAAGAUAAGCAGGGCCGCAUCGAACAUGGCAUUUCCGUGUCACACAAAGCGGCCUUUCAAUUCUCACUGUCAGCACAGUCGCCACCACCUGCGAGUGUGGGAUAUUACAUGC